AAUAUAGAAAAAGAAAUUGAAAGCUCCAUCGCUGUCCCAUUGCCGAAAGCCGCAGGAGAGAGAGAGAGAGAAGAGAAGGAGAGAAAUUGCCGAAACCCACUCUUCCUUCCCAGUCAUCAUCAUCUUCUUCCUUUGUUCAACUCAAUUUCCUCUCUUUCUUCGGAGCCUGUCCUUCUCCCUCCCCCGGGGCUCCUCCGCCCCGACCCGGAUCUCCCCCCGCCGCACGCAUUUCCCCACCUCUACACGCCGCCGGCAGAGCAAAUGUACUCCGCCCUGCACUCUCUACCGCUGGACGGGAGCAGCAUAGUCGGCGGUGGAGUAGCUGGAGCGGGGCACGUGGAUUUCCAGGGGUCGUUGGAUGGGACCAAUCUACCUGGGGAUGCGUGCUUGGUUCUCACCACGGAUCCGAAGCCCCGCCUCCGCUGGACCGCCGAGCUCCACGAGAGGUUUAUCGACGCCGUUACCCAGCUGGGAGGACCUGACAAAGCGACCCCUAAAACAAUAAUGAGGACAAUGGGGGUAAAAGGCCUCACUCUUUAUCACUUGAAAUCCCAUCUACAGAAAUACAGGUUGGGAAGGCAAUCCUGCAAGGAAUCGACUGAAAGCUCCAAGGAUGGUAUGAAUCUACAUCUGUUUGGAUCUGGUCUGAUCCUUAUUCAUGGAAUUUCUAGCAACUGACUCUUAAUUGCCAGUUGUGGAUUGGAGAUUUCUGAAUUCUCUCGUUCUAAUGUAUUUUAGAUCAUUGUUGUGCUCCAUUUCAUAUUAACUACUUAAUCAGUAAAUAACCCCUGGGAGAAUGUGAGACUGAUGAAAAGUGGUGGUUGUCGGUAUUUGUAGUCGGAAUUGCAGCAUCUGUGGCAGAAAGUCAGGACACUGGCUCAUCUGCAUCAACAUCAUCUAGAAUAGCUGCACAAGAUCUGAAUGACGGUUACCAGGUCACCGAGGCUUUGCGUGUACAGAUGGAAGUUCAGAGAAGACUACAUGAACAGCUAGAGGUGCAGCGUCGACUCCAACUCAGGAUUGAAGCCCAGGGGAAAUAUCUACAGUCAAUACUUGAGAAAGCUUGCAAAGCUCUAAACGACCAGGCAGUUGCAACUGCUGGACUGGAAGCUGCAAGGGAGGAGCUUUCAGAGUUGGCAAUCAAAGUAUCCAAUGAAUGUCAAGGAAUGGCACCCAUUGACACCAUAAGGAUGCCGUCUUUAUCUGAACUUGCUGCUGCUUUAGAGAGCAAAAGUGCUUCUUCGAAUGUGCCGGCUCGGAUUGGUGACUGCUCCACAGAGAGCUGCUUGACUUCAAUUGGGAGUCCAGUUUCUCCAAUGGGAAUGUCUCCACAGGCUGCUGCUGCCAUGAAGAAAAGAUCAAGGUCUGUCUUUGGCAAUGGAGAUUCUCUCCCACUGGAUGGCACCACCAUGCGUCAUGAAGUUGAAUGGAUGAUGAACAACAUGGCCUGAAGAGCUAGCUAGCUAGCUGCCGCAAAGUUAGCAUCCUAGAAUCAACUCCUCGUUGUUCACCACGUCCUUCUCCCUCUUCUUGGUUAUUGUCCUCAGAUUAAUUUGAUCUCCUAAGUUAACUGUAUCACCUUCAAAAUGGUCUCCUGUAUAGUUUGGGAUCCUUUUUCUAAUUGUAGGAACUUUUGCCUAUUCAGUUGGAAAGAUAUCAACUUUCUUGUUUCUUCCCCGCAAGCACUUCACUUUCAGUUAACAGCCUUUUUGGCCCGAGGAAAAUCUAUCUGCAAAAUCCUUGGCCGACGACAAACCAAACAGGCCUAGACUCUGCUAAGAUUUAUAAAUCUCCUUAUUAAGCUACUGCGUGUGCGUUUAUAGACGAUGAUUGAUCAAUGACAAUUGUCAAUGAUACAAUACAAUUCUUGCAGACAUCAUCUUCUUCCUCUCCAAACAAUUGAUAAUUAUGGGCCAAUGCAGACAUCAAAGAUGGGUUCGUCAGAACUGGAGGUAAUCUUUGACACCAUUGUUGAAGUAUUCUUGUUAGAGGACAAG